AUCUUAUAAUAAUAGUUAUUAUAACCACAACUACGCACAAAUAAUAGGUUUAUUCAAUUUGUAUGUAUAUACACAUAUAUCCAUUAACGUAAGAGGAGAUCAUCGGAAAGAUCAGUUGGUGGAUUCAUCGUCGGCGAUGAAAGAUUGCAAAAAAGGAUCGUCGUUGUCGUCUAUACCAGUAAAGCCAUGCAACUUUUUCAUCUGUUCCACUCUUCUUCUUAUUCUUCUCUUCUUCUCCGGCUUUGCUUUCUCCACUAGUCGCCUCUUCUUCCUAGGGUUUUGUCCACGGUUAGUGACGACGUGGAGUGCAUCUGCGAUGGGAGUGAUCCCCGGCGAUGCACCGGAGAAUUCAGUGGAGUUAAUUCCAGAAGCCGUCAUUUCGCCGGACGAGGCGCUCUUUUUCCUAAAAUACCCUUCUUCAACCCGGUUAUUUACAAAAGAGGAGCUCAGCUGCGUUUACACGUCUCCAGACUCUUCUUCGCCGUCGUCAUCGGAGGCUCCUCCAAAGUCAGUUGACGAUCAGUAUUCGGGCCGCCAGAUCGUAAGGUGCCAGCCUCCUCCACGUGGCACUCAGGUCUCCCUCGCUGUGAAAAAGACGAGAGAUAACCAGCUUCCAGCACUAGCAGGGCCCACAUACAAGUGGGACUCACUGGCGUACGAGGCAAUCAUCGACUGGGACAACACCACAGUUGUGUUUGUGAAGGGCUUUAAUCUAAGGGGUGGGAAGGUGUCUGACCCAACCAAAUUUAGAUGCGUGUACGGUUGGGAUUUCAAGAACCCAAAACUCAUGCUACAUUCCUACGUCGUAUCUAUUGCCCAGGAAAUCGUACGGUGUAAAACACCUUUGAGCGUACUGAACAUGAACAGCCCGCUGAGAUUCGGAAAUGAUCCCAUUAAGGUUUCAGUUAGAAAGGUUGGGAAGGGACCGUUGGACUCUAUAGCCCGGCCCCAAGUUAGACUAAAGCCCAGCCCGACGGAUAGGAAAGAGCACAGAAUGUGCGUGUGUACCAUGUUAAAGAAUCAAGCUCGAUUCUUACGAGAAUGGAUAAUGUACCAUGCUGAGAUAGGGGUGCAACGAUGGUUCAUCUACGACAACAAUAGCGACGACAACAUUGAAGACAUACUCAACUCACUAGGGGAACAUUAUAACAUUUCGCGACAUGUGUGGCCUUGGAUCAAAACUCAAGAGGCUGGGUUUGCCCAUUGUGCGCUUCGGGCAAGAGACUUGUGCGAGUGGGUCGGGUUUAUAGACGUGGAUGAAUUCCUUUAUUUGUCUAAAAACACGUCAAUACAAGAGGUUUUGACACGGCAAACUAGCGGCAUUGCAGAGUUACGUGUACCGUGUCAUAGCUUUGGUCCGUCAGGGCUCAAAGAGGUCCCUAUAGAAGGUGUCACAGUUGGGUACACGUGUCGACUGGCUUACCCGGAGAGGCAUAAGAGCAUAGUGAGACCGGAGGCGUUGGAUCCUACAUUGAUGAACGUGGUGCACCAUUUUCGGCUCAGCCGGGGAUACAAAUCUGGGAACAUAGAUAGAAAUGUGAUGGUGGUGAACCACUACAAGUACCAGGUUUGGCAAGUGUUCAAGGAGAAGUUUCAUAGGAGGGUUGCUACAUAUGUGUCGGACUGGCAACAAGAUCGAAAUGCAGGGUCUAAAGACCGAGCCCCGGGGUUAGGAACCAGAGCGGUUGAGCCGGCAGACUGGCACACCCGGUUUUGUGAGGUUACAGACAAAAGCCUAAGGGAUCAAGUCCUGCGAACAUUCACCGACUCAAACACCCACAGGUUGCCGUGGCAAGAAGAUGAGCAACAAGACUAGACAGAGCAUUUGCUUGCAAUCACAAAUCUGUUCUGUAAUAAGCCAUUAGUAAAGAUAGGUAGAUUCUGCAUUUAUAUGUGGAAGAUACAAGUCAAGUCAGUACAGCACAAUUAAUGUCCUAACACGCAACUGAUUGAUUACAUGGAUUA